CUUGUUAUCGCCUAGUGACGUGUCCAUUGUGACAUUUUAUAAUACAAUAUCAUUACUCAAGUCCUGCCAUUCUUCUAAAAGGAAACGACAGAUAAAAACAAAUUUCUUCUUCUUCUUCGUCCUUGCUGGUUAAACUUGUGCGUACGUCGUUAGGCUUGAUUAAAAUCCAUCAUGAUUGACCUGCUUGGAGCUGGAGAGUCUGGCUUUGGUCAGUUUAAUGCCCUGACCAUCACAGCAACCCUUGGAAUGGUCACUGCUACGCUGGCCCUCUGGACCAUCGUGAGGCCAAAGCGAUUUCCUCCUGGUCCAAGAGGCCUGCCUAUCGUUGGCAGCAUCUACAGUAUAAAUGAUUCUCCUGAGGUUGUCUUUGGGGAAUGGGCCAAGAAGUACGGUGAUAUCUUUGGCUUCAAGGCGGGAGAGAGAUGGAUUGUAGUUCUCAACCGUCAAGCAUUGAUCAAGGAAGCCGUCCUCAAACAGAGCGUUGGCUUUGCUGACCGUCCAGAUUUCCUCUCUCUGGACAUUUUCUCGGAUGGAUUCAAGGAUAUUGCUUUCAGCCCAUACAGUGAGACCUGGAAACUUCAUCGCAAGUUGGCUCACUCAGCUCUCAGGCAUUUUGCAACAGGCAAGCCUCUUCAGGAUCUCAUCUCCAGCGUCUACCCCAAGGUUGAGAAGAAGUUGGCCAUGACGGAGGGACAACCAAUAGACCCUAAGGUCCUCAUCACUCUACUCAUGUACAACGUACUCGCACAGAUGUGCUUUGGACGAAGUUAUGAGUUGGAAGACCCUAAUGUGGCGCAAUGGAUGAACACAAACGACGAAAUCAAUGAACAUUUGGGAUUAGGUCUAGCAGCAGACUUCUUCUCUUGGGCCAAGUACCUUCCCACCAACGGUCCAUGGAUGUUGAAGGAACUCCAAGAAAGGCUUUGGGGCUUCUUGCGUUUGCAGGUGGAUGAAACGAGAGAACAUUAUGAUCCGGAGAACAUCAAUAAUGUCUACAGUCUACUUCUCAAAGCUCAAGAAGAUGCAAGGAAAGAAGGAGAGAACGUGGACAAACUGACCGAUACUCACAUCUUCCAGACGAUCGCUGAUAUCUUUACAGCUGGUAUUUUGACAACCGUUGAGACCCUAUACUGGGCCAUGGCUCUCCUAGCAACCUACCCAGAAAUCCAGGCAAAGAUCCGCGUCGAGAUCGAUGAUGUCAUCGGCCGUGAUCGUCUUCCUACCAUCAAUGACCGCGGGAAGCUUCCCUACACGGAAGCAAGCCUCUAUGAAGUGUUGCGGUACAGCAGUAUUGUUCCGAACGCUCUUCCUCAUGCUACUACCAGGGAUACAGAGUUUGGUGGCUAUCAUAUCCCAAAAGGAACCACAGUGAUAAUCAACACAUACUCUAUGCACUAUGACCCUCAAGAAUGGGACCAACCAGACAAGUUCCUUCCAGAGCACUUCAUGGAUGGCAGUGGCACUGUCCGUGAUCAUCCUCCAAGCUUCUUGCCCUUUGGAGCGGGUCGUCGUGGAUGUCUAGGUGAAGCUGUGGCCAAGGCUGAUCUCUUCCUUAUCUUUACCUGGUUCAUGCAGAACUACACCUUUAGCAAGGUCCCAGGAAAGGAGUCUGAAGAAAUCUUGAAGAUGAUUCCUCAGACAGCAUCUGGUAGACUCCUUCUCUCCUAUGAGAUCAUGAUCAACAAACGAGACUAGUAGGGUCCUGCAUGGGCCAGUAUUCAAUUCAAUACUACAUCAGAAAGAUUAAUAUUUUACUCAGCUAUCGGCUUAGGUAAAAUACUAGUCAACUUUGGUAUUCAGUUGAAGCUUUGGGCUAAUUAUGUUACCCCUAGUUUAAAACAACUCACUCGCAGGCUAAAGCCAAUUAUUUGGAGGCUUUGAUUGGCAGGCCAUAAUGGAUGAGCAAAUUAUGUCACCAAUACAUAUAUACAAUACAUAAGUAUUUUGGAUAUAAUUGCCUGUUUAAGCUGCCCCAGAUGGUAUUGUGAGUCCUCUUUUAUCAAAUAUUCAGUUAAAUUGAUUCAGGAAAGUGAAUUCUUAAUUAUUUUUAAAAGUUAAAACACAUCUUUGGUCAAUGUAAUGGAUUUGGUUAAAAGGACUUUCUGUCCAUUGCAUUUAGAUGGUCUUGACACCAAAUCAAUGACUAAUUGAUCAUUUACGACCAGUAACAGUUAUUAAUGUUCCUUUAUAUAGUAAUCAUUGAUUGAAAAAUCCAAAACUGACGGUCUAUAUUUCAACAUUACUGGUAAUCAGUAAAAAAAAAAAAAAAAAAAAAAAGAAAAAAAAAAAAGAAGUCUUUUUCAGUGGAUUGGUAGCUCUGGGAUUGUUUUACUAGUAAAUAUUGAAUGCAAAGGUGCAGUGAUACAAGACUCUACAAGAAAUGUAAGAAUAUAAGAAAUGCCACACAUGUGAUUCCUUUAAAAAGUUGAUGGAUUAUAAAGUCGAUUGUGGCAGGGUUGUGUACCUUCCUACUUCUUGUGUUUAAAGUGUUGAAAGUUAUGAAGAAAUAAUUUGUUGUUUGUUUACCCCUUGACUUUUACCAACAUUCUGAAUCACCUGUUUAUCUAAAUAUUUGGUGUUGUUACGUGAAUAUAAUUGAAGAUUUCCUAUGCAUGCUAUACAGGUGUAGCCCUAUCAUACAAGGUAGAGAGGAGAUGUAUUUUCCGUUGCUUGUCUUCAAGUCAUUUAAAGUGGAACCAUGUACAAAUAAAUGGGUAGGGAAGGCCAAUUAUUUACUUUACCUUUACCGCGAAUACUGGAAGAAUGCUGAGACAGUAGUCAAGCUUCCAGGUCUAUCUUCUUGGUCUAUCUUCUUGACAGUACUUAUUUCAAUAUGUACUAUAUAUACAUUUGUGAGUCUGUAACUUGUGCAUUAGAUUAGAACUGUGGUCUGAAUUGUGCUGAUGUUGCUUCAUUCGCAUUAACUUCCCCCUUUUAGCGUUAUUUUUUUCUAAUUGUCAAAAAAGAUUUCGAGUUUCUACAGAAUUCAGAAUGAUGUACAUAUAAUUGCAUAAUUCUUUAUAAUUGCUGCGAUGUACAAUAUUAAAUCAUGUUUUGUAUUGUGUAAAGAUCAACAAUAUUUUACAGUAAAUAAUAAUGAUAUAUUUUGUAAUAUCAAUUUCUAAAGAAAUAAUCAGACGGUGUUCAUGGAAUGUAGUAAAAAUAAAAAACAAUAAUUAACAUUGAAACCCA